AUGAGAAGACACAAACUUAACCUAAAAACUUCUUUUCUUACUCCCCCCCCCCCCUCCGUGAGCGAACAAAAAAAUUUUGUUCGCUCACGGAGGGGGGUUAAUUUUUUUUUUUAAAAAAAAAUUUAUAUAUAAAUUUUCUAAAAAAUAUUUUUUUCGAAAUUUAAAAAAAUCCUAAUUUGCAAAAAUUGGGAAGCAAAUAUUAAUUUAAUUUGCAAAAUUUAUGUUUUUAAAACGCAAUUUGUUUAAAAUUAAACAGAAUUAGCUCUAGAUUUCAUUAUACUAAUUAUCACUUAUAUAUCAAAAUUUUUUUCCAUUAAAAUUUUUUUUCUAUUAAAAAAAUUUUUGUUCACUCACGGAGGGUGGGUUUUUGGUCAAAAAAUGGCGAUUUUUCUAAUGGUUUUUGUUCGCUCACGGAGGGGGGGGGGGGAGUUAAGAAAAAUUCGAGUAAAGCUAUACAACUGAAGCAGUCUGUGAGCAGGCAAGCAAUACAAGAAAAGUGUAUGAAUGAGUUAAUUGGCAUGGUCAUGACCAAAAGCAAUUCAAACCAAAAAUUUAAAAAACCUGAAAAUUCUUUGACAAGCACAAAGUGUCUGCAGAACACAUCACCUAUAAAAGCCCCGUCGCUUGGCUUAGGCUUUCCUUUAGUACUAAAAGAAGAAAUACCUCCACUAACGAAAAUUUAUCCCCAAAAAAUAACCCCAAAACUGCUUAAUAUAAAGCCUGUCCAGAAAUUCCACACCCAUUAUAUAUCAGGAGAAAACUUGCCUCCAGCACAGCGGUCACAGUCUUGCACCCCAGGUAUGAGAAGAAAACUUACUGAGUCCCGGCUCAAUUUACGAGGAAUUGAUUCUGCAUGCUGUGCUGUACAAUGUGACUCAAAAAGCUUAAUCCCAUUGCAGAAAAUGAGCAAGCUGAUUAGUGCUGUAAGAUUAUUUUAAAUGAUUUUUUUAUAUAAAAUAAUUAAAAAAAAUUAAUUCUUUUCAAAAGGAAUGAAAGUUAAGGAAAACAGAAAGAGAAGCAAGCAAGGAAAAUUCUUGCGACUUUGACAACGACAAAGAAAGAAGCCCUCCAGCAAUAAUAAGACGCUCUGUAUAUACAAAAAUAAAAAAAUUGGAAAAUGAUGCAAAUGAUAUGAAAUUCAGGAUUUCUCAUUGCGAACUUAUGGUUCCAAGCACCCAUGGAUCGUCCCCUAUAGAUCAAAAUGAUUCAAUUUCUAGGAUAAGAGGAUUUUCUCCAUCAAGAAUAAAAAAACUAGAAUGGAAUUGGUCGAAAAGCAACUUAACAAGGUCAAAAUCUCCUAAAUGUGAGAGAAGGUCGAAAUCACCUAGCUGUGCGCACACUGGGGUUGUAAUAACACCGAUAUCUAGCUCAAUUAAUAUAACUCCCAGGACCCUUAAGAGAUAUUAUUGUUAA